AUGGAUGGCCGAUUUAAUCAUGCACAUUUAAGAGAUACUAAACAUUUAGAUUUUAUUGAUAAAUGGGAAAAUGAUGAAUUACCCAAAGAUGGAAUUGCUGUACCUCUUAAAUAUCAACCACCAUCUUUGGAAGAGAAUGAAGAAUAUGAAUUAAUACCAGAACAAUUAAAACAGGAUACAGAUAAAUGGAAAGAUCUUGCUUUGGACUUUUUGAAUGAAUUACCUCAACAACAAAAUCAUAGUCAUAAUUCUCAAUCACAACAACCACCAACUCAAUAA